CUUCAGAUCCAUGGUUUCAUGCGCAAGUUUAACCUGCGCAAUGUCGAUCCCGUGAUUGAUGAUCCCGAUGCUCAACAGGAACUCUUCCCCCGACAUCGUGGCUACCUCCCCGCUUCCAGGGAGGUGCUGCCGUCAUACCCUCGUUCCACUCUGCCUCCCCUCACUGUUCCAUCGGACCCACCAGCGUCUCUCGCCCUACUCCCACCACCAACACCUCGUACACUUCCAAUUAUUCUGGGAUGCUCAUUCACAACGACCACUCCCCCUUCGUUGUCUCCGGACAGCCGCCCGACAACCGGACAUUCGUUGUCGUCUGUCUCGUCGCUGCCCUAUGAAGAGGCACAUCACCAUGGGUAUCACUCGAUGGCCCAUGACGACUAUUCGCGCCCGGGUUCCAGUCACCAUCUCCCCCGGUCUUUCCCGUCCUCCGCCGUCGUGGAACAAGUAUGCCCGCUCAGCAUCCGCCGUCCUCGGUGUCACAGCCAGGUGAUGAGUCCCUACUCUUCGCCUUACGAUCAUUCAGACCACCCAUCCACGUCCCCCCAUCCUAUCGAUGACGGUAGCAUGCCUCGCGUUCGUAGCAUGAUUCAGCUGCCUUCUGCCGACUACAAUUUCGGGGGCGGCGUCUCUCAACCAGAGUUUGCAUACUCGGCGGGGGUUGGUAGUGCGGCAUCCAUUGAUUCAUUGGAUGCACGUGGUGCAUGGGGACAGCACCAUUCUGUCCGCCCUUCGACCAGCACCUAA